AUGACGCCUAAAAGUCCACCGGAUGAGAGAAUUGUUUUGGCGCUGAAGAAUGUUUCCAAGGGACCCGAUGCUCACGUGCGCAAAGUGAAGGAGAUACGCGAUCUUGUCCUGAAGAGACAGCAUAUGCUUUUUGUCAACGAGUUGAUUAAGGAACACAACAUCGAUAAUGCCAAACUUCAGUUCCCGGAGGUCUUCGAGGUCUCUCCCGCCCAGAGCGCUGAGCGGUCGGCUUCUGAAGAAGAAGCUGCCAGGACUGAGGCAGAUGCUAUCAAGGUUACUGCAGAGGGCCAUCAUGUUGAGAAACUCCGUGAAGAACAGGCUGAUCUACCAGCAAAUCUACUCACUAGUUUAUAG